AUGUUGAACGAUAACCUCAAUACAUACAGUAUUGCUGAUUCCAUCAGACAAGUAAGAUAUUAUUUCGAUCAAGUUGAUGGGGCAGUUCCUAUUGGAGAUACUAACCAUAGAUAUGUCCCAACAAAAGUGCCAGCUAUGCCGACAAAUACUAUUGAUAACGGUUAUAUUACAUUUAACAUAUCACCACCUGGUGAGAACAUGAUUGACUUAUAUAAUACGUUCAUUAGUGGUUAUGUCGAUGGUGAGUGCAUAAUUACAACAGAAACUGAACCAGCUGAUGAAAAAGUUCCUAAAUAUGAUGGUGAAGUAUAUAAAGAAAGAGCUGUUGAGACAGCUCCUACAGGAUCAAAUGUUACAGCAAUUAAAGCAAUUGAUACUAAAUAUGCUGGUGGCAAAUCAUGUGCACAUCUUCCAGCAAUUUGGUUGGGAUACAUUGAUUCAUUCUAUGCUGUUGAAUCAUAUCAAUUAAUCGCUAAUGGUAAAAGUGUUUAUACACAAGAUAAUGCUAGAGAAGAAGGUUACAUUACUUCUACUGCAUCUACAACAGAAGCUAUUAAGAAAGUUGAUGUAUUUAGUAAGGCUAGACAUAAAGAUGUUUUCAAUAGAUGUGAUACAGUUCGUUCUGGACAGAUUAUUGAGUUCAAUAAACCAAUUAGUGGUGCAACUACAUUAAAGUUCCACAUACCAAUCAAGAUUGACCUAAGAAGAUUCCUAAUACUUAAUAACAUUAGAUUCCUUCCAGCGUUUGCUGGUAACUUACAACUUAAGGUUAAGUUCAGUAUUGCUGGUAUGGUUUGGACACCAUUAAGUUAUCAGGAUAUUCUACCAUUACCGAACAUGCAAGCCAAUGUUACAAGCUAUAUUCCAAUCACUAAUCACUUCACUCCUAUCUAUGAAGGUAUCAAAGUUAUUGAUACUGUAACUUGGAAUGCCGAUAAGAGUACGAUAUCAUUUGGUACCAAGUUUAUUAAGUUCACUAAGAAGAAUGCAAACUUCUUUGAAAUGAUUACAUACUGUAACUCAUUCUCUUUGGACCCUAACAUCUAUAGUGAUUUGGUGACAAGAUAUUCGGCAAAGACUCUAAACUUCCCAAUCAAAAGAAUUGACUGCAUUACUAUGGAUGGUUCAAUGGCUAAAGGUGAAGGAACUCCUUGUACAUUCACGGCAGCAUUUACUCCAUUAUAUGUGAACACCAUUUAUACACUAUUUAAGAAAACACCUAAUUAUAACACUACCUAUGAAAAUCCAUUGUUUGAACAAAUUCAAUUGA